CAUUGGAGUUCAGUCGUCAACUGACCAAGACUACGUCCGCCAGCCCCUCCACACGCAACCGCACACACGCCUCGUCUUCCACCAUGGCGGAGGAGCGCGCAGCGUCGUCGUCGGAGCAUUCCGACCCCAAAGACAUGAGCGAGGAGGAGCUGUGGGAGCUGAUCAACGACAGCCGCCACCGCAUCUCCCUGGGCGUGCGUCCGUGCGUCCUCAUCCCGUACCUGCGGCAGGCCCGCGUGCUCACCGAGAUGGACGAGGACGAGAUCCUGUCCAGCCACCAGCUCAGCAACCGCUCCAUGAGGACUAGCUACAUGCUGGACCUCCUCCGUACCCAGGGCAGGAACGGAGCCAUGGCCCUGCUGGAGAGCCUGAUGAUCCACCACCCCGCCCUGUACACCCAGGUCACGGGCCUCCAGCCCAGCAUCGAGCCCUCCGGCUUCAGCGGGCUGAUCAAGUACUCGGAGCUGACGGAGUAUCUGGUCCGGGCCGUGACGGGGAUGCAGAAGGAGCUGCAGGGGGCCCGCCAGGAGGCGUGCCGCCACGGCCAACGCUGCUCCGCCCUGGAGGCGGAGCUGGGCCAGGUGAUGAAGGAGAGCGAGGACAGCUGCCGUCUGCGCGCCCAGCAGGAGUGCUCCAGGAGGCAGCUGGCGUCGGCCCGCCGCGAGGUCGCCAGGCUGAAGGACGAGAAGUGCGACCUGUACGUGCGCUACACGGCCGCCAUCGAAGAGAAGGCGAGCGUGAACCUGCGUUCGCGGGACCUCAACCUGAAGGUCUACCAGCUGGAGAUUGAGCUGAGGAAGUCCCAGACCGAGGCCGACUUUGAGCGCAAGCGCUCGCUCAAGUGCCCCUCCCUGGGCGAGACGCAGCAGCUGCGGGAGGAGCUGCAGACCCUUCGCCGGCGGCUGCUGGAGGCCGAGAAGUUUGCGCCGUCCAGGGAGGAGAUCCUGGCCCAGGACCUGGCGGAGGCCAUAGAUGGACGCACGGAGCUGGCUGACCAUCUCAGACGAUACCGAGAGGAAAACGAAAGGCUGGCCAAGGAGAGAGAGGAGCUGCUGAAGCAGAAGGAGUGCCUGUCUCUGGAGACCCAGAAGAUGUCCCUGGACUGUGCCAUGUUCCAGCAGAAGAGCUCCGUCAUGCAGAGCCAGAUGAGAGAGCUGCAGAUGGAGAGAGACCACGCCUACCUGUCUAGAGAUGAGGCCCAGGCCCAGAUAGCCCGGAGCCUGGGGGAGAAGGACACCCUGCGCAGCCAGCUGGUGGAGCUCCAGGAGAGGGUGUUCAGCCCUCCCGACCUGGGGCCCCCGGAGAGGACACCUGGAGCAGAGAGGUUCAGCUGGGGGAGCCAGGGCUCCAGCAGUGAUGACCCCCACCUCGGCUCCCCGGCCCGGCCCACCCUCUGCCGCAUGGACGCCCUCAACCCUUCCUCUUUCAACUCCUUCAAUGUAGAGUGUGACGAAACUGCUCCGCAAAAUAUCAGCCUGCGCUCACGACACGCUGAGCCUCCCUCUCCAGAGUCGCUACGACGACGGGAGGAGCUCCUCUACGCAGACCACAGCUUGGAGACUGACUCCUUACUGGAUCACGAAUUUGUGUUCCUCUCCAACGAAAAUGACAUUGAGCAAGCCCCAAGUUCACCUGCAACUCCUCCCUUCAAGACUACUAAUGGCCUCUCCAGGCCGUCGGCCCCGCCCUUCCUACUGCGCUCUCGCCCGCGGGCCAUGCGCAUCACCGGCCGCGCCCUCACCAUCUCCUUCCAGGGGGAGGCGCUGCUCAGCCAGCUGCAGGUCGUCGGGGGCAACAAGACGGGCGUGUUCGUCCAUGCGGUGACGGAGAGCUCAGCCGCCCACACGGUGGGCAUCGGCCAGGGAGCACAGAUACUGGAGGUGAGGUACGAGCAAGCCCAGCAGGCCCUGAGGAUGGUGUUGGAGGACUCCACGCUGGAGGAGGCGCUGUGGGCUCUGGGGCAGGUCCAGGGAUUCUGCCACCUCACCUUACGACCCAACCAAGAUGCCUAUGAGAGGCUGCUGCAGCAGAUGAAGAGCAGCGGGGCCCUGUCAGGUGACUCCCUGUCAGGUGACUCCCUGUCAGGUGACUCCUUCUACGUGCGUGUCAACAUGUCCCUGCCGGGCGGGUCAGGCGGGGCCCUGGCCGUGUCUUGCAACGACAUCCUCCACGUGACCAACACGCGCCCCGCCGGCACCAGCAGCAUCUGGCUGGCCAGCCACGUCCACCCCUGCCAGCUGCUGGACCUGCAGGGGGGCACGCUGCCCAACUACUACAGGGCACAGCGACUGCUGAUCAGGGCCAUUGAGGACAUGAGCUUCCAGCCCACAACACGCAGCAAGGCUGAGCGGGUGAUGGCCAGGGAGAAGCAGAAGGUCGUGAGGAUCGUCAGCACGGGCCGCCAGGGGAGGAACCCACUGUGGGUCAGCGUGGAGGACAACAAUGACAAGAACGCCGACGAAGGCGACGCGUGUGCCCCGAGGGGGUGCGUGACCCUGAUGCCCUACACCCUGGUGACCCCCCACUACCCCCCCGUGUGUCGGCCCGUCCUCCUGCUGCCGUCCAUCCUGGGCCGCCUGCUGGACAGCAGAGUGGCAGAGUGGCCGGGCUUCCAGCUCUGCAAGCCAGAGCUGCUGAGCAGCAGUGAGCGUGCCACCCGGAUCCAGAGGUCAGAGAUGCUGGAGGAGUGCGAGCCGGGCAGCAACCGCUGCUACACCCUGCAGAGUGUGGAGAGGGUGGUGAAGCAGGGGAUCCACUGCGUGCUGCCCCUGGGGCUGGACUGUGUGAGGCGUCUGCACCGGGCGGAGAUCUUCCCCAUCAUCAUCUUCAUCGCCCAGACGGAGCGCACCGCCCGCAAGCUCAAGAGCAAGCUGGCACGUCAGCGCUGGUCGGAGGAGAAGCUGCUGGAGUGUUGCCGUAGCGAGGAGCCCCUGCUGGACAAGCUGCCCUGCCUCUACCGCAGCGUGCCGGCUGAUUCCUGGUGUGACAACGCCGCCCUGCUGGCCGGCCUGCGCACGCUCAUCUGGGAGGAGCAGAAGAAGAUCGUCUGGGUGGAGCCUGACCUGUGGUGAAGGUGGGCCUGGCUGCAGUGUGUCAUCCUGGGUAGGAUAGAAUAGAAUGUUCCUUGACCUUAGGCUGUGUGUCUAUGAUACCAUUCUGAUGAGUUACCUGUGAAAGCUGGUUCCUGGUGGUUGGAAGAAAGGUGGUUUUAGAAUCUUGUACAAAUAUUGUUGGAGGUACAUUUCCCUAAUAUAUAGCAAGCACCCAAGGGUUGUGUUUAUUCGUUAUUAUAAUAUUUUAUUAUGCGUUAUCGAACCUCUCCCCCGAUAUGGGGAAUUAUUGUUGUCUAUGAAGACAACCAGUUUAUCUUAAAGAUAUCAGAUCAUAUUGCUCUAUGCUGUGUAUUGUUAAUGUAUUGUAUACAUUAUGUGUGAAGUUACAUGAGGGAAAUCGAUCAACAUUAUGGGUGUACAAGUGUUACUUGAGCCAAUUCUGAAAUGUUCUGAAGAAUGUUCUGUUUCCCGCACUCAAAGAUUUACAACGUCGUUUUUAUUUCUGGCCUGGGAACGUGUAUUUUGUAUCUUUAUUGUUAAAGAGUAAACAGUGUCUGAUUAAUCACACGCUGCCUUGGGGAGACUGCAGUUACAUUAAAUUGUACGUAGAACUUGA